AUGAAGAAACCAGACGUGUCAGAUUGGCACAGAAUAGCUGAAGGCUUCCAGAGGAACUGGCAGUUCCCCAAUUGCUUGGGGGCGGUGGACGGGAAGCAUGUCAGGAUCCGUGCACCACCAAAUUCUGGCAGCAUGUACCAUAACUACAAGGACACCUUCUCCAUCGUUCUGCUAGCCGUAGCAGACGCAGACUACAAGUGUGUUGUAGUUGAUGUUGGCGCAUAUGGAAAGCAGAGCGAUGGUGGUAUCUUGAAGCACUCGCAGUUUGGGCAAAUGCUAGAUGCUGGCACACUGCCAAUACCUGGACCUCAGCAGCUGCCUGGCACUACCUGCACUGCGCCCUGUGUCUUCUUGGGAGACGAAGCCUUCCAACUGCGGCCAAACUUCCUGAGACCCUUCCCUGGUGAAGGGCUAGACCGGGACAAGAGGAUUUUCAACUUCAGGUCGAGCAGAGCCAGGUAG